GACAAUCUUCUUUCAUUGUAAAUUUUUAAAAAUCAUCAAUCGUGAAUUCUAACAAAGAUAAAAUAAAUUUACUUAAUUCCUGGCUAAAUAAAACAUUCAAAGUCAAGGUUACAGAUGGGCGUAUCUUGAUUGGAAAUUUUAUUUGCACUGAUCGGGAUUCAAAUAUAAUUCUUAAUGCAUGCCGAGAGUAUCUUACUGAAUCAACUUCUGAUAAUAUUAAUGAGCCAAGGUCUAUAGGACUUGUAAUGAUACCAGGAAAACAUAUUAAAUCUAUUAAAUUAUUAAACUCUUACCACAUAUGAGCACUAUCAUAAAAGAAGAAUUUAUAGAAACCAAAGACACCUAUUUGCCCAUAUCUCCAAAAUUAUUGAAUAUUAAAGAAGAACUAUCUCAUGAGAAUAAAGUUAUCCAAGAUUCUGGGAUUGGUGAAGAUCUUCAGAACACUUCAACACCUAAAAAUGAUAGCUUAGAUACUUUAGAUAAAGGUUUAAAAAGGAAAAACGAAAUUGAAGAAGAAGAAAGGCACAAAAUGCAGCUCCUAAUCUCAAACUUUACUGAGGAUCAACUUAACAGGUACGAAAUGUACAGAAGAUCGGUCUUUCCCAAAUCCUCGAUUCGCAAAAUUAUGCAAUCCGUCAUAGGCUAUCCAGUAUCCCAAAACGUGGUUAUAGCAAUGGCAGGCAUAGCUAAGGUUUUCGCGGGAGAAAUUAUCGAAAGAGCUCUUGAUGUCAAGGACCGAGAAAUUUGGCUCAAAAAUAGCCCGGGAAAGGCUGAAGGAAAUGGAGAGUACAAUACUUCUUUAGACGCGGCUAAUUCUCAAUCAGUUAUGACUAAUAGAAUUGAACCAACAACGUCAGAUAGUAGUAACGGACCCACUCCGAUGGAAUUUGAUAUUCUUAUGAAAGACCCGGGUAAUAAAUUCGUCAAUUCUGUUGCAGAGAAACAAGAACCAUUAAAACCUCAUCACAUUAGGACGGCUUAUAUGGAGUUAUCUCGGCUGGAUAACGAGACCUGCAAUAGUUCAGUAACCAGCGAUUCUCAGAUGGAGAGAGCUAUCAAUAACAAUAAUAAUUUGAGCUAUAAGUUUAAGAAGAAUAUUUUUUUCAGGUGAACCAUAUUUUGGGGUGUAUUGUUUUUAAAUGGGGUUUUAUAGACAUGAAAUUUUUUUUAAAAUAAAUAAUUAUUUUUGAAUCUAUUUUUCAUCAAAAUAAUUAUUUUUUGAAUAAAAAUUGACACUUUUUUUCAUUCUUAAUUUUAUUUCUUUAAAUAAUUUGCUCCUUGCGAUUUACCUGCUAAUACAAGAGGAUGGAAUAUUUUGUAUAAAACCUUAUGCAAUUUUGAUUUAAUUUGUUUCACAAAUCGAACACACGAUUUAACUCAAUUUCUAUUUAUUGUUACAUAUUUAUUGAUAUACAUUUACAUAUUUUAAACUACGAUAUCUGUAUAAAUUGAU